GAGACAUUCAUCGAAUAUUUUCACUCUGAAUUUCUUUAUUAAUAUGUAUAUAUAUAUAUAUACAUACACAUAUAUGUAUUGAAUAUAUUUAAUAAUUAUUUAUCUAAACGAGGAAUUUUAGUAACAAUGAUUUUUUCAUAAAAUUAUAUUACUAUAGGUAAAAAUGUUAGACAUUUUAAAUAACAGUUCUCGAUUUUUCCAUGUAGAUGGCAUUGCUAUCGAGUUCGACGUACGCUAGUUAAACUCCUUGUUAUGGUGCAGCGUGAGGCGAAAGUAGCAUAGCGGUAACCGUAGUACUGCUCGUUCUUCGUACUGCUUAUCAUUUUAUAUAUUAUUGUUAUCUCAUGAUAAAGUAACAACAAUGUUAUUAUUUUCGAAGUAAUCGAUCUUAUUUAUAAAACUAAACAUAUAGGCUAACGCAUUGAAGAUUUUGUAGGUAAUCUUCGAAAAAAUGAAGUCGAUAUGUGUCUUUGACUCGCGCCAAGUGCUGACCUAAAAGCAGACCUUGAAUGCUUAUAAUACGAGUGUUAUCUGUCACUAUAUAAAGAGAAAGAGAAAGAGAGAGAGAGAGAGAGAGAGAGAGAGAGAGAGAGAGCACAUCGAACUAUAACGAUCGUCUGUGCUCUUCGUUAGAGUUUGCUAAUCGUCGUGAAGGUGCGAUGAAGUAAAGCUGGAGGAUGAUGGGCGAUCAGUUUCGUAGUAAAGUGGAGCAGUACUCGCCAAAAUCAUCACCGAGGGGUGCACGUUCCCCUGUUGUUUCUCGUCAAGACUCGACAGGGACCCUCAAAACGACGAUUUCCCUCGGAAAAAAUCCUUCCAUCGUCCACAGUGGUCCUUUUUACUUGAUGAAAGAACCACCUGGGGAGAGCGAACUUACUGGAGCAACGAAUUUGAUGGCAUAUUAUGGUUUAGAACAUUCCUACAGUAAAUUUAGCGGUAAAAAACUUAAAGAACAAUUAUCGUCUUUCCUUCCCAAUCUACCUGGUAAUAUCGAUACGCCUGGUCAUCAAGACAACAGUUCAUUGAGGUCUGUGAUAGAGAAACCUCCAAUUGGUGGUAAAGAAUUAUUACCAUUGACUAGUGUGCAAUUAGCUGGCUUUAGAUUACAUCCAGGGCCAUUACCGGAGCAAUAUAGAUACGUAAAUCAAGCUCCUCAAAGGAAACAUAAGAACAAACAUAAAAAGCAUAAACACAAACCCGGUGAAAUACCGACAGGACAAGAAACUGCUACGACGGAUAUUAGUAGUUCGGAUACGCAUGAAAAGAAACAUAAAAAACAGAAGAGGCACGACGAAGAAAAAGAAGCAAGGAAGAAACGGAAAAAGGAGAAAAAACGAAAAAAACAAAAACAUAGCCCCGAGCAUACCGGAGGACUCACUCCUUCUCAGCAUUCCAAUUCGUGAUCUCUAAUCUGUCAAAUUCAGUUUUUACCUAAUUUUUAAUCUGACAUCAAGGUUGAUACAAAUAAGUUAUAUCUAUUUUCAAAUACAUAUAUACACAUAUAUAAAUGUGUUUCCUAUUUGUAUAUAAUCACAAUUUUGUGAUCCUAGGGAUUUGAUGGUCAAAUUUAUUAAUACAUAACUUUGAAUUUGUUUUGUACAGUU